CUUAAUGUGGGGAGGCAGCAGAGUUACAGUGAAGGAACUGGGCUUAGAGCCCCAUCAGAGCUGCAGUAAACUGCGCUUUGCUGAUCUUCUUGUUGCAGAGCAGGAACACAGCUGUAAACUCAGACAUCCUCAUUUCCUACAGUUGAUGGCUGUGUGUCUGUCUAGUGACUUGGAGAAAACCCGUUUGGUAUAUGAAAGAGUUAACUUUGGUUCUCUGUACAGUAUCCUUCAUGAAAGGCGUACAGAAUUCCCAGUACUGUACAUGGAGAUAAUUUUGCAUGUGCUGCUUCAAAUUAUCAGUGCUUUGCGUUUUCUACACUACCGUGGAUUUAUCCACCGUUCAGUUACCUCAUACGCUAUUCAGAUUGUUUCUUCUGGUGAGGCAAAGCUGUGCAACUUGGAAUACAUGAUAGAGAGCAAAGAUGGUGGAGAACACAGUGAUCUGACACGUAUUCCUGUCCCAGUGCAGCUGUAUAAGUGGUGCUCUCCUGAAGUAAUCCUUGAAAAAGUUGUCACAGUCAAAUCGGAUAUUUACAGCUUCUGUGCAGUAGUGCAGGAGGCCUUGACAGAGACCCCUCCCUGGGAGGGUUGUGAAGACUCAGUUAUUAAAGAGCUCAUAAUUUCAGGAGAGCAGUUAGAAGCAGAUGUUAGACUUCCUGUGCCUUACUACGAUAUCGUAAAGUCAGGGCUGGAACCUAAACAGAAGAACCGCUCCAUGAAUCUUCAGGAUAUUCAAUAUAUACUGCAAAAUGGCUUAAAGGGUUUACUUAAAUCCCAAACUGGUCAUGCUGAUGAAAUGCCAAAAGCACAGAGACCCAUUGGUUUUGCAGAUGCGAACGUCUGUUUGGUAUCACCUGUAAGAAGCAAGAAUAAAACACAGGAAUUUUGGGGAAAAGAGAGAACCAAGGCUGGCAGCUCUACUUCCCCAAUAUACUCUGUUUUUCCUGAGGAGAAAAGUGCUUUAGUGCCCCAAGAGGCACCAACCACUCUACAGACAGUUGCACAGAAUGAAAAUCAGGAUGUGCCUUCUGAACUUGAGAUCACCCCAAGUGUCAGUGAUGAGGUUGACAGCCUCUGUAGCUUUGAAAUCAAUAAAAUCCUUGCCAGUUUCCCAGAACUUCACAGAGACUUCCUGGAAGAAGGAGCUGGAUUAAGUCAAACUCUAAAGGACAGAGAAAGGCAGCGAAAGGAAGAAAACAAGGCUACCUUCAAAGAAGAUAAGGCUAGCUUCAAAGAUGUGUCUGCAUCCCCUGGAGUGCACUAUGAGGAAAAGCCAGUUUAUGGGGAAGACAGCUUUUCAGAAUCAGAUACAGAGUACUCUACAGAAGCCCAGCAGAGCACGAGUGAGGCCUCUGAACUGGCACAGGUGGGAGAUGCUGGGAGACUGGUGAGUAUGUCCAGAACUGAUCAGCACAUCAGCAAAUGUGUCCUUAGUGUAAAGAUAUCUCAAAGCAUGGUGCAGCAGAUAUCAGAUUCCCUGUGCAGGCUAGAGGAAAAACUGGACAAAUCAGAGGCCACUAAAAACCAAAACAAGAUGCUCCAGGAAGUCAGAAUGAAUCGGCUUUCUAAGCAAAACUUUCAAGGACACUCUGACAGAUCUGAUGGUACUUUCCAAAAUACUGACAACCCUUUUUCCGGAGUUAAUACCUUCUCACGGAAGGCUGUAGGUCCACCAUCAAGAAACUAUGUUCCACCAGUAGUAACAUGUCAGGCCCAAGGAGCAUUGAGUGAAAGUGGUUUCCAAGUUGUUUCAAAGACAGCAAAAGCAACGGAGACAAUUCAAAAUGAGAAGUGGAAGUGCUUUCAUGAGAUGAAUAAGAGUAAAAAUGAAAACAGCCAUCAUGAUACCACCAUUAUUGCAAUGAAAAUACAGGAUGAUCAAGUGAGUCUGGACCACAAGAAUUUAUUCCCACAUUUGUCUGUAAGAAGCAAAACAAAGUCCAAUUUGCAGUGUCAGAGAGGAGGCGAUUCACAUUCUGCGGCAAGUGGAAGUGAAGAAGAGAGGUGGUGCUAUCCAAAAUCAAGGUGUGAAAUUUACAGUACAAAAAUAAGUAAGGAGAGAAGGAUGAUGCAAUCAGAAUGGAGGACUGAAGUAAAUCAAUUGGCCAGAAGAGCAGCCUCAGGAAGGUUAGAAUUUCGCUGUCCAUAUCCAGACAGUGAAUGUACAUCUGAAAGUGAAGCAGAGAGUACAAAUGAAGCCUUUCAACAUGUCACUGUCAGAGUCAAAAAAAGUCAAGACCAACAAAGAUAUAGGUGGCAGUCAGGUGAUAAUGUUGAGCCUCAGGAUUUGGGCAGAGAGAAUAGAUCUGAAUCGGAGGAGAGUGAUCUGGAGUCUGCAUUCAGAAGUUCUGGAGGGAGAAGUUCCCAGUCACCAUCACAAGAUGAAAAAGCAGAGUCUGGAAUAGCCAUUCUUAAGAAUUCAGUCCUUCCUCAACAAGUCGAGAAUAUCUCUCGAGUAUGUACAGCAAUGCAGAUAGUUAUCUGUAAAACAGUGUAGCCUGGUGUCUCCAUGUUGCACACUGAACUGCUAUGAGCUGAUCUU